AUGGUGUCUAAGGUGGAAGAAGGAAUCAAGAGAAGGCAAGAACAGCAGCAGCAGCAGCAGCAGAAGCAGAUUCAGUACAACUGCAAUAUCAAUAAAGCCAAAGUCUGCAAAUUCAAGAGGAGCAGCUCCAAUAUUGAAGAAGACGGUGCUUCCACGGCCAUUCUCUUGCUGGCUUGCAUUGUCUGCACUCCCUCCUCAUAUCCAUAG